AUGGAAGUAUUAGUGGAUCCUUUAUAUGAACAAAAUGUUAUAACUAGGCAAGAUAUAAGUAAUAUACGUUUACAAAAUUAUGAUUGGUUAGCAAGUCAACUAAUAAUCAAUGUAAAUGAUGUAGAACAACAAAUUGAAUUAACAAAUGUAAAUAGACAAUCGUAUGAAGAUGCCUUAAUACGUGGUAACAUACCAAAAAAACCUAAAUAUUAUAUAGAACGUGUUCAAUAUAUAAAUGAAAUAAAAAAUAAAUUAAAAGUAACAAAAAAAGGAGAAUACAUAACUAUAAAUGGUAUGACAUGUAUUGGUAAAACAUGUUUAGCACUAGGUAUACUCCGUGACGAUGAACAAUUUAUAAAACAAUAUUUCAACAAUCAUAUUUAUUGGAUAACAUUCAAUGAUUCAAUGGCUGAUUAUGAUAUUAUAAAUCUAUUACUACUAUUAUAUCAAACAAUAACCAAACAGACUUCAUUAAAUAUUAAUAUGAAUCUUAAUAGACGUGAAUCAAUAAAUAUAUCGGAAACAAUAAAAAAAAUACGGCAACAUUUACGUUUAGAACUAUUAAAAGAUGAUCUACGUGAGACGCUACUGGUAUUAGAUAAUGUUUAUAAACAUGAAAUUAUUGAAAUAUUUGAUUUAGAAUGUAAAAUAUUGAUUACGACACGGGAUAAAACAUUUAUGAAUACGAUUAAGAAUAAUACGUUUAUUGAAAUUAAUACUGGAUUUAAUGAACAUGAAACGUUACAAUUGUUUAGUACAUCGUUAUCGAUAGAGAUUAAAGAAUUACCGAUCGAAGCAAAUAAAAUACAUGAGUUGUGUAAAGGUUCACCAUUAUUAAUACAAUUCUUAUCGACACAUUUGGAACAUUAUAAACUUAAUCAACGAUUACAUCAGUUGUAUCGGAAGUUAGCUGUCUUUGACCAAGAUGUUAAUAUCAUGCCAAAUACAUUAAAAUUAUUAUGGGAUCUAAAAUCAGAUUUUGAUAUCGAAGAUAUAAUGUUAAAAUUAAACAACAAAUCAUUAAUAAUAAUAUAUUUUAAUGUUGAAUUAAAUAAAUACAUCUACGGUAUCCAUGAUGUUCUAUUAAAAUAUUUAAAAUUAAAUUAUGAUAAACCAGAAUUAAUUAAUUUACAUAAAACAUUAAUUAACAAAUAUUUACAAAAUCAUAAUAAUAACAAACAAAACUUACAAUAUUAUGAAUUACCAAACGAUAAUUACAUUUACACAUAUAUCGGUUAUCAUUUAUAUGAAAGUGAAUUAUUUAAUGAAUUUAAUAAAAUUUAUUUUAAUUUAUUAUUUAUUCAAUCAAAAAUCCAUAAUACAAAUGGUUCAUUUGAUAUAUUAUGUGAUUAUAAAAAAUAUUAUGAAUAUAUAAUUAAAAAUACAGAUAUUAAUAAAUAUAAGGAAUAUUUAUUAUUUAUUAAAACAUAUGGACAAUUUAUAUUUAAAUAUAAAUAUGUAUCAAUUAUACAAUAUAUUUUAAAUUUAACGUAUCAAACAGAAUUUUUAUACAUGGAUGCUAUCAAACUUAUUCAAUCUGAUUUUAAUUUAUAUUUUAUUAUUAAACAAACGAAUUUAAAUAGUAAAUUAGUUAAUAAUAAUAAUAAUAAUAUGAUUGAAAAUAAUCAAUUAAAAUAUAAAUCAAGUAUAUCAAUGAAUAUGAAUGAUAAAAUUAGUGUUGUAUGUUAUACGCAUGAUAUAAAUCUUAUUUUGAUUGGAUUUCAAAAUGGUCAAAUAUCGGAUAAGAAUAAUGAUAGAUCACCAUCACCAAGUAUAAGACAACCAAAUUGGAACGAUCUACAUAAUUUAUCAUCAUCAUCUUCUUCACUAUCAUUAUCACUAUCCGAUAAUACAUGUUUAUUAACAUACAACAAUCAUAUAAUCAGUGAUAAUCAAAUAAUAAUUACAUGUUUAUCAAUAUCAAAUAACAACGAAUACCUAUUAAUGGAUUUAUUAAUUGUAUCAAAUACAACUGGUUCAUUAAUGUUACGUAAUUGUAAAUUAAAUUGUAAUUAUAAAUUAAUUGAACAACAAUUUAAAGCACUGGAUGCACCGCAAUGUAAGAAAUUUGAUAUGGAAUUAACAACGUGUACAUUUGUUCCGAAUAAUUAUUUGUUAAUUAUUGGACAAUCGGAUGGUCAUAUUAUUUUAUGGAACAGUUUAAUUGGUUGUGAAAUACAUACAAUAAAAGGAGUAUCUAAAUCACAAAUCAAUCAAAUAUAUUUAUCACCCGCACAAAAACUUCUAAAUACUUCAACAUCUUUACAAAGUAUUACAAACAUGAAUACAACGACAACAAGUUGUAUAAAAUUAAAUGGUGCUUAUGCAACAAAUAUUGUACCAAAUCAUGAUUUCACAUCAUUUACAACGAUUCAAAACGUCAAAGAUCGUGAAUUAAAUCUCCAAGAUGUACAUCAUGUCUUCGUGUAA